AGACGGCGCGGCCGCUGUAACACUGUGAAAUCGACAAGUGAAACGGACACAUUGUGUCCGGCUGCCUUUUGUCCGCGGCGCCCACCCGCCUCCCAGCAUGGGUAGUUCCAGCAAGCAAGAAGUUUACCAAAACUUCCUGGAGUUUUACCGAGAAGCUCCCUCCUCGGGCACCGCGUCGCCCUGCACCGGGGAAGAGCAGGUGCGUCUGGGCAGGCACUUCCUCAAUUCCGUGCCCAGCUCGGGACACCGGUUCCAGUUGCUGGAUUUCUACCGGCUCGCCCAGGAGUUUGUUGUUGGUCAGCAUUUGGGACGCGAUGGCUUCCGGGGCCUAAGCAAAGCUUUCGAGCUGCUGGAGAUGCUUGCCGUCAACCUGUACUUGUGGCCUUGGCGGAAGGAGAUCAGGUCGAUCAAGCUCAAGCUGUUCUUCCGUGGUAAGGCCCACCAAUUCCGAGGCAAAUGGAAAAGGACGCACGUGGGCUUUCCACCGGCUGUCGCUAUCACGGGAUUUCUAGCGUUUCUUCUGACCUUUACUGGAGCCUUUGUGUACUUUAUCCAACCCGUCUUUGCGCCCAGUGUUCUUCAGGACAUCUUGCAAAAGCUGGGCUAUGUUCGGCAAGGAGCCAGUGAAUACGUGAUAUUGAAGCAGGUCAACGAGGAGGAAAUUGGCCAGCUGGGAUUUGAGUUCUUCUUGGCCCGGGCAGAGUGCGAGCUAAUGCAGGAGAUGUUGAACGAAGCUACGCAUCGCAGUUGUGAGGAUAUCGUCCAGCUGAGGUGCACCUCUCCUCCGAGGGAAGCUGACUGCAUGAAUCUCCAGAACACUGGCUCAAGGUUGGGUGAGGGGGCUGUUGUGGGGAACAACUGGAGCUCCGAAACGGAUCUGCCGUCCCGCAAAGACCCUGUCCAGUCUGAAUUCUCUGACACCCCUUUGCCCCUGAUGGAGAACAACACAGGCAGAAUCUUCGGAGGAGCAUCUGAGGCCUCAAAUGAUCCCUUGGGGUCCUCGAGGGCUCCCAUUCCCGAUAAUAUUGACCUUUAUAGUGACUACAAUGAUGAGAAUGUGAGGGGCCACAUUUCGCCCCUGUAUCCGGAGCAGUGCAGUUCUAUGCUGGCUUUGGAGCAGCCACUCUUGGGAAAUACCAGCUUCAAAGCAGUUGGAAAUCUGUCCCCAGGGCAGACAGGGCCCCUCUCCCUGAGUUUUUACUCCAGCUCAUUUCUGAUCGACCGUCAGCCAGACGGCAAACCCCCGGGCAACCAGGGCAGUGAUGUCCUGAGCCAGAGGGACCCGCAAAAAUCAGAGGCCGCCAAAGAGGAGUGUAGUGAGAGCUGGAGGCAUGGCCGAAGCACCCAGAGUAAGGCCCCCCAGUACAACAAUUGGAAAAAGGAUCACAACACGGUGGUGGAGAUAGAGCUGAAGAACAUGGACUCUAGUAAGCUUCCCUACUCCACGGCGGAGACCACCAACGGUGCCUUGUUCCACCAGGGGGGCCACUUCAGUGCCUCUGAGUCGCAGGAGCCAUUGGGGUUCAGAGGGCAGUGCCGGACUCAGCUGCCGUCAGCUUGUCAUGUGCUGAGACCCUCCGAGUGUUGCCUGUGCCCAUCGACGGCGUUCCCUGCCGGGCGGCAUCCGCUGGGGAACCACGGGUUCCGAGACAGCCCGGCCCAGGGGGGCAGCGUGGUCCGCGAGCCUCCCCAGUCCCACUACAUCCCGCCGGGCAGCCCCGGCGACCGGCCUGUCCCCGCUGCCAGCGCGUGCCGCGUCUGCUGCAGCCCCCUCGCCACCGCCCAGCCAAUACACGAGGAGUGCCUCCACGUGCGGGAGGUGGCAGCGGGCGGCGACUCGGACUCCUACCUCUACGUCAGCCGGGUGGCGUGCGGGCGGGCGGACAUGUGCCGCCGAUGCCAGAAAGCCUCUCGGGACCCAGCUCCCUCCGACGAUGACUUGGAGAGCCUCCAGGCGGGUCAGAUCCGCUGAUCAUUCCUGACUCGUUUACAGCUUUGCCGCACCGGGUCUCAAAAGAGUGAACUGACCUUGGCUUGCUCCCUGCCAAACUCAACGCUGUUUCAAAGAAGUGCUUGCGCGCGAAGAUUGGUUUCUGCUGACUGGCUUUGCCCAGGGAGGAUGUCAGAGUCUGAAAAGAACCAAAGAAGAUUGUCACGUGUACAAUGAAGCAUACAUUGAAAUGCAUUAUUUUGCGUCAACACCAACACCACCCUGGGAUGUGCGCCUGUAAAUGUUGCCAUACUUCUGACACUGAAUGCAGGACAUUGGGACUAGUGUGGGCUGGUUGAGCACAAGGACCUGUAUCCAUGCUGUAUUGCCUUUGACUACAUUGUUUCUAGAAUGUUCCACCACUGGGGUUUCUAUUCAGUCUGCAGUUGGUGUGUUUAUCUUUACAGCUUUUUCUGAAUGAGGGUGGAAGAUGAUUUGUUUUAUUUGUCACGUGGACAUCAAAAUAGAGUGUAAUGCAUCACUUGCGUCAAUGACCAACACGUGUGUGGGGGGGGGGGGGGGGGUGGUGGCAGCCUGCCAGUGUCGCCAACAUAGCUUGCUCACAACUUACUCACCCUAAACCCUAUAUCUUUGGAAUGUGGGAGGGAACUCCUUAGAGACAGUGGCAGGAAUUGAACCUGGUUCACUGGCGAUGCAGUGUUACGCUACUGUGAUGCCCACAGCUUCCCUGCACUGAGUUUUAGAGCAAUGAUCUGGCCAGGGCUUUCGUUUCUGCUGCCUGGUUUUGCACAGGGUGAGCAAUCACUCGGUCUGGACCAAGGGCCCUGUUAAGUGUCAAGAGAAGGUAGGUGAAUCCUCAACACCAACGCCCCAUGCGAGUGCGAAACCAGUUACUACCAAGUAGUGAGUGGACAUCAAGCACUUUGCCCGAGGGUUUCUUCGGUCCGGUGUCUCAGACCUUGCCUUUUCUCUGAAUGAAAGCAGCACUCUCGCUGGGGAACAGUGAGCCAUGAUGAAAAAGACAAACCCAGAAUCACUAUCAGAUUUAACGUACAGAUUAUAAUACAAAUUAAUUAAGUAAUGCAAAAAGAGAGCAAACAAAAAGAAACAUCUGAAUUAGUGUAGAUGGGUUCGUUGUCCAUUGAGAAAUUGAUGGUGGUGGGGGAGAAGCUGUUCCUAAACCUCCUGUACCUCCUCCUUGACCGUAGCAACGGGAAGAGGGCAUGUCCUGAGAAAUGGGGGUACUUAAUGAUGGAUGCCGCCUUUUUGAAGCAUCAUCUUUUGAAGGUGUCCUCAGUACUGGGGAGGACAUCUGCACGGGUCGUGGGAGUCCAUGGCAUAAAAAUGAUUGGAAACCCUCGCUCUCGAGAAAGCAACCAAAGUUGUCCAGCCUCUACUUCUAGCUCAUAAAUUCCAGUGCAGGUUGGCAUUCUGAUGAACUUUUUCUGCACACCCUUCUCCAGACAAAGUUUUACACAGCUCGUACCGACUCUGUAUCUUGGCCUGACCAAUGAAGACAAGCAAACCAUACAAGUUCAAGUUUAUUGUCGUCUGAUUGUACGUAUAUACAACCAAAUGAAACAACAUUCCUCUGGGCCAUAGUGAGUCCAUGAAACAUUUCACACACAGCAUAUAGAACAAUAUUACCAUAAUUUCAUAAAUUAUGAUUCAAGAUACAUGCCGUUGCACAGUACAGGAAAACAGUGAACAGGUUGCUGUCCUAGUGGCAGGACCGCGGUGGUGGCAGGGUAUUCAUUCGUCUCACAGCCUGAGGCCUUCUUUACAACCUUCUCUACUUAUCUUGCUACUUUCAGAGAGUUAUGGGCUUGCACCCCUAGAUUCCCCUGUACACCAUUGCUCCUAAGGGUCUUUCCAUUUACUGUGCAUUUGACCUCCUUGUCCAGCUCAAACUCUGCCCCUGCCAUCAGAGUGUCACAUUAACCCAGUUCUGCCAAUCAUUCAAAGAGAUGGAAACCUUUGGGUUAUUAAAAUUGAAAGUAAAUUUAUUAUCAAAGUAUGUUACCAUAUACUAUCUUGCUGGCAUUUACGGGAAAAUAAAGAAAUGCAAAAAAAAACUAAACAUACACAAAGACUAGCAAACAACCAAUGUUCAGAAGAAGACAAACUGCAAAUAAAAAGUACUGAAACCAAGAGUUGUACCGAGUGAAGUUAUCCACACCGGAUUGUUGUAGGGUAAUAACUGUUCCUGAACCUGGUGGUGUGGGACCUCCUCCCUGCUGGCGGUAGUGAGAAGAGAGCAUGGCCUGGGUGGUAGAGGGUGGGGAGGGUGUAGGAGAGUUGCUCACCAGCACUUGAUCUACAGGCUCAUCCAGGUGCUCAAACAUCCUGUGUGUCUCUGUCAGCUCAGUCAAGUGUGUUCCAGAUUCUGACCACACCCAGACCUGGCUUGGUCCUCUCACUCUUCAUCUUGAGCAGACCCUGACCUCAUACGCCUCUGCCGUGGGGAAGAGAUGAUCUCAAUGUCCAUUGGAAUGUGUUGUUUAUGUCAACAACCAACACAGUCCGAUGACGUGCUGGGGGCAGCCUGCGUGAUGGGCGCUGCUUCCUUGAGGCAGCUGUCCGUGUGAGUGUGCAGAGUAGAGAGGAGGGCUCUGCCUGUGAUGGGCUGGGUUGUUGCCAACACUUUCUGUAGGCAUUUCCCGUUCCUGGGCAUUGCUGUUUCCACAUCAGGCUGUGACAAUUUGUCAGUUUUGUAACGUCCUCAACCGGCUCUCUCCAAUUUCUCAAUUGUAUUUCAAAAGUGAAGUAAAAUUGUUAAACUGCA